AUGGCAGAGCGUCCGCAAUACUUCGAGAAUACUUUGACCCCGCUAUCAAUCAAUGCGACCACUCUUUUUGAUAGCCUCCAAGAGCUUCGUGUUGCUGUUCGCAAUGGUGCCGAGUUGAUACAGGAGAACACUCUCUUGCCUGAAACAUGGGGCCCAAAUGGCAUAUUUAGAGCUUUCCCCGGUAUUGCUCUGGCAUUCCUGCGCCUAGAUUAUCAGUCCUCGGUGCUAAAAGAUUCCAAAGCUGCUUCUCCUGACUAUCGUCGUUACGCACUACAACGGAUUCCAUCAAGCCUCCCCGACACUCCUCUGCUAGCCUCCCGAUUGUCUCCAGUUGGCUCAUCUUCGCCUAUGACUGCUGUCACUCUGCGCAUUUUACGUACUUUUGCAAAAAAUAAUUGGCAAGAUAGCGCCAAUAUCAGCAUUGCAAGGGAGGACAUCACUUGCCUUCACGAGGCCAUGCAGUGGGCAUUAAAGAACGAGCCUCUUGUUGCCCAUGGCGGCCGAAAAAUGGGUGGGGAUGAGAUGCUAUUUGGCCGAGCAGGACUCCUUUGGGCCCUUUUGAACAUCCGUGCCCAUCAUUUUGAUCAAGAAACCCAGGAAGUCCUCUCACCUGUGCUGGAGGCAAUUCCUGAAUUGAUCCGAGUGAUUGUCGAUGCCGGGAGACAAGGAUCCAAGGAAUACACUGAGAAGAGUGGAGCGCAAGACGCACAUCCAUUGAUGUAUGCAUGGAUGGAGGGUCAUUACGGGUUUGGGGCGGUCCAUGGAAUAACCGGUAUUCUAACCAUCCUACUCUCAUGCAAGCCCGAAGAGCUUACGGACUAUCUUCCUGUGAUUGGUGGUACUAUCACUGCACUCUGCAAGCUAUCUGGAGCUGCCCGUGGCCACCUCCCGAUGACACUACCUCCAUACAGACGCGGAGAGCGCUCCUCAGAACUAGUCCAACUGUGUCACGGGAGCCCAGGACUGUUGAUUCUCCUAGGAGCUGCCUUGAAAAACGAAUCCUUAACCCGCGCCCACUGGGAUCCAAGUUGGGACCAAGCCAUAUACCUGGGCACUCAGCGUGUAUGGGAAGAAGGUCUGCUUUCUAAGGGAGGCAGUUUGUGUCACGGAGUGGCUGGCAAUGCAUGGGCGUGGCUCCUUCUCCAUGAUUGUUUUGAAUACCACUCAGAGCCUCUGAACGAUGCCCGGACAGUUUAUCUCCAGCGGAAUCAAUUAUCAGCACUUCCAAAUGCUGAGAUGAGCCAGGAUCUCACCAGCGACUUCUUCCUCUCGAAGGCACUUGCGUUCAUGUUACAUGCACGUGAGACUAAACCAUACAACACCUCGCCUGCACCUUCCGACAAAGAUUAUCGCAUGCCUGAUGAGGCCUACAGUUUAUUUGAAGGUCUUGCGGGCAAUGUUUGUGCCUGGGCUGAUACGUGCGCGGUGCUUCAAGCUAGGCUGCGCAAGAUGGAACUUGUUGAGCAGGGUGUAUGCGCUACAUCUGGCUUAUCACGAGAUCCAGUAUUCCGGGAUGCUUUCAAAAGACAAUUGGGCUUUCCAGCCCUAGGUGGAAAUGGCGCAAUGGGUAUUUUCUAA